UGACCAAGUUGUUGUUUAUCCUUUGUUAGCAGCCUUCUCUUAUAGACUUCUCUCCAUAAAAGCCAUCAGUUUCCAAAACCAACAGCUCUGAUCUACUUUUGGCUACAGCCUUGCUCAAGUUGGUAUCUUUAGAUCACAUGUCAGUUUUAUUCUUUUUCAAAAAUCUGGGUUUUUAUUUACAUACACAAAUCUACCUAAUCCCAGGAAUUCUGAUCCAGCAUCAAGAAAAAAGCUGCUGUCUUUCUGUAUGAACUAAUUUUCUUAUCUGGGUGUUUUAAUAAAGUUUGUUCUUUCUUCUAGUUUUGUAUCUUUGGGACAAAUUUCCUAUCCUGUUUCCUGAUCUGGGUAUCUGAAUUUUCUGGUGUCAAAGUUGGAAAUUAGGCUUUUUUUCUUAAGAUAUGGGUUUCUGUUUAAGCAAAGAAAAAAGGUCUCAGCAACAUCACUAUAAUGGUGCUACUGGAUUGCAGCAUCAGUCAAGAGAACCUGUUGCUUACCAAUCCAAAUCCCCAGCUCAGCCAUCCUAUCAGUUCCCCUCUCAGACACCUGGUGCACAAAUCCCAAGAAAGCCUGUUGUUCCAGCUCCAAGCCCAAAACCCGUCCACAAGCCAGACACAAUUCUUGAAAAACCAUAUGAAGAUGUCAAGUUACACUAUACAAUUGGGAAAGAAUUGGGUAGGGGUCAGUUUGGUGUAACUUAUCUUUGUACUGAGAUUUCAACUGGAAAGCUAUAUGCUUGCAAAUCAAUAUCCAAGAGGAAACUUGUUACCAGGAAUGAUAAGGAGGAUAUGAAGAGAGAGAUUCAAAUUAUGCAGCAUUUGAGUGGGCAACCCAAUAUUGUCGAGUUUAAAGGUGCUUAUGAGGACAAGCAAUCUGUGCAUCUAGUGAUGGAGUUAUGCGCUGGUGGUGAGUUGUUUGAUAGGAUUAUCGCUAAGGGUCACUAUAGUGAGAAAGAAGCUGCUUCUAUAUGUAGGUCUAUUGUGAAUGUUGUUCACGCUUGUCAUUUUAUGGGUGUGAUGCAUAGGGAUCUCAAGCCUGAGAAUUUCUUGCUAUCCAGUAAAGAUCAGAAUGCCCUUUUAAAGGCAACUGAUUUUGGACUUUCAGUGUUCAUUGAAGAAGGAAAGACGUAUCGAGAUAUAGUUGGAAGUGCCUACUAUGUCGCUCCUGAAGUAUUACGACGCAGAUAUGGAAAGGAAAUGGAUAUUUGGAGUGCAGGAGUCAUGCUUUAUAUCUUACUUAGUGGUGUACCUCCAUUUUGGGCAGAAUCGGAGAAGGGCAUAUUUGACGCAAUUUUACAGGGAGAUAUUGACUUUGAAAGUCCACCAUGGCCAACUAUUUCUAGCAGUGCGAAGGACCUGGUUCGCAGGAUGCUGACACAGGACCCAAAGAAAAGGAUUACUUCUACUCAGGUCCUAGAGCAUCCAUGGCUCAAGGAAGGUGGAGACGCAUCAGACAAGCCAAUAGACAGUGCAGUUCUUUCAAGGAUGAAGCAAUUUAGAGCAAUGAACAAGCUGAAGAAAAUGGCACUGAAAGUCAUUGCAGAAAAUCUUUCUUCUGAUGAAAUCCAAGGUCUGAAGUCUAUGUUUGCAAACAUUGACACUGAUAACAGUGGCACCAUUACCUAUGAUGAACUAAAGGCAGGGUUGGCUCGACUUGGAUCAAAACUCACAGAAACUGAAGUCAAGCAGCUUAUGGAUGCUGCUGAUGUCGACGGAAAUGGGACAAUAGACUAUCUUGAGUUUAUCACUGCUACAAUGCAUAGACACAGGCUAGAAAGAGAAGAACAUCUUUACAAAGCAUUUCAAUAUUUUGACAAGGACAAUAGUGGGUUCAUCACUAGAGAUGAGCUAGAAACAGCAAUGAAAGACUAUGAAAUGGGAGAUGAUGCGACAAUUAAGGAGAUAAUAUCUGAAGUUGAUGCGGAUAAUGACGGUAGGAUCAACUACGAAGAGUUCUGUACAAUGAUGAAAACCGGAAAUCAGCACCAAGGCAAACUCUUCUAGACGACGGGUCUGGUUAAUAUUUCCGCACAAGCCUUGACUCUCAACCGGAGACAACGGAUAUUCGUCACUUGAGCAGAAAAUCUAAAGCCAUCCUGUAGAUGUUUCUCUGAAUACUCUCGAACUAUUUGAUUUACAAAAUUUUCCCAUAGAAAGUGUGAGUCUCUCUUUCCAUAUCAAGUUAGAAUCAAAAGAGUUGUGCAUAUGAUAUUAUUAACUUUUCAUUUUCUUUUCUUUUCUUUUAAGUACAUUUCCAUUUGACUUGGUAUUUGAGAAUGAAGCUUUCGUUUUGUCA